AGCGAACACCAAACCUAACCGGCAAGUGGUAACUGCUGAAUGAUUUCCAUUUACAUUCGUAAAUACUAUAGAUCCAUAAAGACAUGUUACAUUCGACCUCAUAGAAUAUUAGAUAUUUAAUAGUUCAAUAAAUAUUCAUUGUGUAUAAUUGUAUAAUUUACGGUUCCAUCAAUACUGUGAUACGAAAUUCUCAAAAUGAAAGCCAAAUCUUCGGUGAAGACCAGCUCAGAACAACGGUUUGUUUUCAAAUCGAGGAAAGCCGAACGUAAAGCCAUGCGCCAAAUGAAAAAACAGAAGAAAGGACACUUGCAGCAAGUGAUAACUAAAGAACUUACAGUACAAAAGGUAAAUGCCAAAAAAAAAUUACCAAAAACAUCAAACACAACUGACUGGCGAGUAUUGGAUAGAAAUAAAGAAAAAGUUGAAGAAAUUAAAUUACAAAAACAAUUUGAGAAAAGUCGUCGUGAGCAAAUGAAACAUGCUAAUGAAGAUGAAGAUAAAGAGAUCAAAAGAUUGGCCAAACAUUUAAAGUUAGAUAAAAAGAAAACCAUUGGAAAAUCUUUUAUUGAUGAUGGACUCGAUUAUUUGUUGGAUGUGUGUGAUCCCGAGACACGUAAGAACUGUUCAUCUUUAAAAGAAAGUUUGAUGGAUAUUGAUUCAAAUUUUGAUGAUGAUUAUAAUACUGUUAAUGCUUUAAAAAAAAAUAAAAAAAAGAAGGAACCAGAAAUUCAAUCCAAAAAAAAAGUAACUUUUGAUUGUUCUGAUAACUCAUCUAAUGAAGAAACUUUUAAUUAUGAACAUGAUAAUGAAAAUGAAUCUGAUGAAGACAUUUUGAAUGAUGAGUUUGAAGACGAAAGUUUAUCUGGUGAAGAAACUCUUGAUGACGAUUGUGAUAAUGAAAGUAUGUCCAAUGAAGAACAUUUUGGUAAUGAUGAUAAUGAUGAUGGCGAUACAUUUGAUUACAACCAUGAAGAAGAAUUUAAUUAUGAUGAUGAGAAAGAAGACAAAUUUUCUGACAGUGAACCUAAUGAAGAUGAAGAUUUAUCAGAUAAUAACGAUGAUACAAAAACUAUAAGUACAAAAGAAGAUAUUUAUGGUAGAAUAAGGAAAUCUGAUGGCACUAUAGUGGAACAGUCAAUAACUUACAUACCUCCACAUUUAAGGAAAAAACAAAAUGAAGAAUCUGAACAACUUAAACGCCUCCGACAACAAGUUAAAGGGCUGUUAAAUAGAUUGGCAGAAACUAAUAUGCAUAGCAUUAGUCGACAGAUUGAAGAUCUCUAUCAAGUGAACAGCCGAAAUAAUAUGAACGAAACACUAUAUAAAUGUAUAUCUGAUGCUAUAAUACGUUCAGAAUGUGUAUCACCAUACAGAAUAAUUGUAGAAAGUAGUACAUUAUUAACAGUUUUACAUACAAAUGUUGGAAGUGAAAUCGGUGCAUUUUUUUUACAAAGUUUGGCAACUAAAUUGAAUAUACUUAUUGAAAGUAAUGAUAUAAAAGUUGAAGAUAAAGAAUUAGAUAAUAUUGUACUAUUGUUGUGUUGUCUGUAUGCUUUUAAAGUAUUCCAUGGUGGUUUUAUUUUUGAAAUUUUAGAUAAAUUACUUAUUAAAUUUGAAGAAAAGCAUAUUGAUUUAAUUCUAAGUAUUUUAAGAACUAUAGGAUUUAACCUUAGAAAAGAUAAUCCUGCAUUAAUCAAAAAGCUAUUAUUAGACAUACAAAAAAAAAGUGCAGAUACUUGUGAAUCAACAAUAAGCUCUAGAGUAAAAUUUAUGUUGGAAAUUCUGUCAGCAAUAAAAAAUAAUAAUGUAAAUAAAAUACCUACUAGUUCAGAACAAUGUUACUCAACAUACAUUGAGCAUGUACAAAAAGUUAUACGUACUUACUACAAGUAUAAUAAAACUCCAGCAGAAUUAGCUAUAUCCUAUGAAGAUUUACUUAAUGCUGAUAAUAAAGGUCGUUGGUGGAUUGUUGGUUCAGCUUGGAAGGGUGAUGAACAGAAAAAUAAUAACAAUUUACAGAAAAAAGACAUGUACGAUAAAAAACUACUAGAUAUGGCCAAAAAAUAUCGGAUGAAUACUGAUACAAGGAAAAAUAUUUUUUGCAUUUUAUUCACUGCUGAGGACUAUUUGGAUGCUUUUAACAAGCUUGUGAGAUUAGGUCUGAAAGGUCUUCAACAAGAAGAAAUUGUCAGUGUUUUAAUUCAUUGUUUAUUAGUUUAUAAAGUGUAUAAUCCAUUUUUUGCUUAUGUUGCACAACAAUUGUGUCAAUCCAAUAGAAAAUAUCAAGCAUUUUUCAAAAAAUCAAUAAAUGUGCGUUUAGAAGAAAUUGACAAUUUGAAAAAAAAUCAAAUACCAAUUCUGGCAUCAUUUUUAGCACAGAUGUUGCGCAAUCAUUCACUCCCUAUCACAAUUUUAAAAAAUGUUGACUGGGGAAGCCUGAACAAACUGAUGGUGAGUUUUGUUCGACAGACUUUGAUUAAAGUGUUACAAGAUAUUGAUGAAGAAGAAACCACCAAUAUAUUUCUAAAAGCAUCAAAAAAUCCUACUUUACAGUUUUUCCGUGAAGGUCUUACAUUGUUUUUAAGUCAUUUUCUUAUUAAAAAUGUUUCAAAAGACAUUAGUGACAAUAAAUUAGAAUUGUUAACAAACAGAGUAAAAGUUGCACAAGCCGCAUUAAACCGCUGCUAAUGUGUGCAUGUGUGUACUACACACAUCUGGAAGCCCUGUUUUGCUCUAAUUGGAUUUAAACUUACUAAUGACAUUAAACAUAUUGUUUAUGAUUCA